AUGGGUUGGGACGACACUCUCGGCGCCGUCGCCAGCAUUGGCAGUCUCUUACAGAUGACGUGCGAGAUCACAAAACUGAGUUACAGCUAUCUUUCUAGCGUGCGAAACGCGGAUUAUACCCGGAGGGAGUAUCUAAGAGAGGUUGACGCUCUUGUUGUGGUGCUUCUACAUCUCAAGCAAGCCCUUGGUGCAGAGAAUGCUGCCAUUCUUUCUAGCGAUGGUGCCGAGGCUCAAUUGCGAGGUUUAGUAUCGACUUGCGAGAAUGAGCUGAGGACCAUCCAAGCGACACUGGGAGUGGCGGCACUGGGCGUUUCAAGACUACUUUGGCCAGUCAAGGAGAGUGACCUGAGAGCACAGAUCGACACCUUCCAGCGAAAUCGAGCCAUGUUCGAUAGUUUCGCCUCAUCCAGCAUUCUCGCCACCACCAAAGCGACUUUGAAGAAAUUCGAUCCCUUGGUGCUGUCGCACGAGCGCAGUCAGCUUCUAGCAGCUCUUCCUAAGCCUACCAUCUCGAAGAGAACAGAAACUUGUCCUGGAACUGGCCGAUGGUUCCUAGAAUCUGAGACCUAUGGCCAGUGGCUGAAACCCGAACCUCCUUCUGCAUUCCUAUGGUGUCAUGGUCCGCCGGGGAUUGGUAAAUCCGGCAUCGCAUGGCUCGUGGUCAGGGACCUUCAAGAGCGGCAGCAAAAGGAUCAGAGACUACUUCUGUGUUAUUUCUUCUGCGACUUCAUACAGCAGAAGAGCCAGACAACUUUGGCUGUGCUCCAGUGCACGGCCUAUCAUUUGAUAGCUCAAGGCGACAACGUUGUAAUUGAAACUGCAAAGAACGUUCUGUCAGGUUUCGAUGCAUUUCAGGACGCUGAAGUUCUGGUAAGAUUUAUCACUAAAGUGGCAGAGUCUAAGUACAACGUCGCUUGUGUCCUAGAUGCAGAAGAUGAAAUCGGGUCAUCGGAGCUCUUAACCAAGCACUUCAACCGUCUUGCCGACACAGGGUGCCGCAUACUUGUCACAAGUCGCCGCCAGUACAAAGACGCUAUGCCCUCUGCUUCCGUAUUGGUUACUUCUGUUGUCAUGGAAAGUCCCACACAAGACAUUCGCAGACUAGCGCAAAGUCGUCUGUGUGAAAGUCACGACAGUCCAUUGAGAGAUCAGGUGACUCCUGAGUUGAUUGAGUGUGUUGUUAGAAGAUCAAAUGGAAUACAUCUCCUAGAGCAGACAUCAGUCAAAGCCAUGAGGCAUAUUCUUGACACUGCCAAAAGUGGCAGUAUCAAUGAUGUAUUUGAAUCUAGUCUACGACGAAUCGAUAAUCAGCCUAUCCCGCACAAAACUCUGGCGCACAGAGUGAUCGGCUGGAUUAUUAACUUGAGAAGGGUUUUGACAACAGAUGAGAUGUUGCACGCGUUCGCUACAGAAGAAGAUAUGGAUGAAAUUGAUCAAGAAUCUGUUACGAGCCAAAGCCUGAUGCUGCGGGUCUGCGCUGGACUUGUGGUGGUGGAUGACAUGGCCAAUGUCCGACGUGUCCACACGUCAGUAUUCGAAUUCUUCGAGCCGCACAAAAGCAACCUCUGGGAUGUUCAAAUUGACAUCGCUCAAUCUUGUAUCCGAUACUUGUGCGCCAUGCCUUUUUCAGAAGGUCCAGCAAAAGACGUAGCUGAAUUGCGUGGCCGACUCACUGAUAUGCCAUUCUUGGACUAUUCGGCUCACCACUGGGGUCACCAUAUCAUCGACCAGGACAUGGAGAAAUCGGUCUUUCCUCUGCUGGAUAAGUUACUGGCAUCCGAAAAGACGCGUUGGAGCUCUUUUCAAGUUCUCCAGUUUGAUUCCAGUAUCAAAAAUACCGCCGUUGCCACCGAUAUCUUUGCUACGAUUCCUUAUGGACAAGACGCACUCCACUUGGCAGCAUUCUGGGGACUGUCACUAUUUGCUAGGAGCCUACUUUCAAAAGGUUGUCCACCAUCACCACUCGACUCUCAGUUAUGGACGCAACUACAUUGGGCUGCCGCAAACGGUCAUGUUGAGGUCGCGGCGGCUCUCGCCGAAGCUGGAGCAUAUCUCAAUGCGAAGGAUUCAGAAGGAUGGACUCCGUUGUUUUGGGCGGCAUUUGGCUGGCAUGCACCAAUCGUAAAGAUCCUCCUAAAAUUGGGUGCGGAUCCUUCCAUCAAAAGCAACCAUGACCUCACCGCGCUGGACUGGGCAAUUGGACGUCACGAAUUCGAUGUCGUCAGAUUGCUGCUUGAAUCUGAUCGGGAUGCUGGCAGUGAUAAGUCGCAAGCUCCUAAAGAGACUGCUAUUGCAAAGUCGGAUCUCGAAACCAUUGGAAAGGCUAUCGGUCUAUCGUACUUCCGUGGUCCUACACACAAAGUCUAUCUGCAGGAUUUAUUACCAUCUACCAGAGAUAUGUCCUGGCUCGAACGGCCAAGUGAGGUCACCGUUGCCAUCAACGACGCUUACGGGCAGUUCCAACCGCCGGUCUCUGAAUCCACAUGGCGCGUUGCAAGGAAGACUGGCGCAAUCAAGGUUUCGUCGAAGCAGCUUUUCAUGAAGCAACCAGAGACUUGGAAGUCGAGCCUUUUACAAAGCGCCAUUAUUUCCCGUAACCUAUCCGCGGCUCGAAUGCUGGUCGAGAUCGGCGCGGAUGUCAACGCCCGCGAACAGGGUCUUUGUCCUAUGUAUGCUGCCGUGCGAUCUCAGGAUACGACUUUUUUCGAUCUCCUUCUCUCAAACGGGGCGGAUGUCGAUUUUGAGCAUGAGGGAACCUCCCCUCUACUACAAGCCGUCCGGAGUUAUGACUAUGUCUGGGGAGGCAAGAUGGCAAGCGUCGCUGUAGUGGAACGCUUGCUUCAACACGGAGCAAAUGUUAAUCAAACGCAAAAAAAGGGGUGUGGUCUCAAAGACUAUGCUGUUUUCAAAUUUGAGGGCUUCACUCCACUGAUGCAUGUAGCUGGGGCGAAGUCACCUGAGUUGACCAAGCUUUUGAUUGCCUACGGUGCAGACGUCAACACUCGUAACGCCACUGGAAAUACUGCACUUAUCUUGGCUGCGAAAGAUGGGGAUAUAGAUACCAUGGAAACGCUUCUUUCUAAUGGCGCAAAUAUUCAUCUUCAGUGUUUAAAUAACAGUGGACACGCGCCUUUUCGAGUGCUUCUCGACAAGCACGCCUACUUUGGUAGAAACCACGAAGAAGAUACAGGGGUCUUGGAAAGUCACAUUGCCCUAUUCUUGCGUUUCGAGUCCCCGGACACUGGCAUUGUCAAACAGGUCUGUCAAGAUGGACAGACGCUCAUUCAAGCUAUCAAGAGAAACUCCGAGUCGGUAUUGCAAAUUUUGAUGGCUCAUGGUGCAGUUCUACCACCAGCGAACGAGUUGCUAAGACUGUUUUACGAAGAAAUCGGCAAUCGAGGCUCAAAGCAAAUGAUGUUGCUGGAUAAAGUGGCCAGUAUCAGCAGUCUGGCCAACCCUCGCGUUACCUUCUUAUACUUGAUUUUCAUUUCAACAAAAUUCUUCGGCGACCACAUCAACGAAGACACCGAUGACACACUGGACGUGACGAGCCCGGAACCCUUAUUGCUGCGUGAGCAGCGAGACCGCAUGCGUAGUUACCAGGAGGAUGGAUUCUUGGACAUUCUCAGCACUCUCUAUGAUCUCGGAUUCAACCCAAACUCAAUGCUCGGAGAGAACUUUGUCAAUGCUUUUGCGCGUCACGACCGGCCAUUUAGUAAGAUCAUCGAAUACAUAGAGAUCUUGGGCGGCCAAACCGCUUUAGAAGAAGACGAAAGAAGAAUAACUAGAGGGGCGGUGUUCAUUUCGGCCAUCGCCUUUGCGUCCCAACACGUCCCUUCAGCCAAGAUUGUAACGACGCUGGUCGAGCAACACGAAACCAAGAUUGGCAUCAAAGACCGUACCUUUCGAAUGGAAGUCUUGGUCCGAUCAGCCGUAUAUGAAAACAUGGCUGUCUAUGAUGGCAUACUAAACGACUUUCUGGUAGCUUAUAAAGAGGAUGACGCCACCGAACAGCAAGCGGAGUUGGCUUCUACUGAGGGGGAAGAUUUUCUGCUCGCGGUCAAAGCCUUUCCAAAGCCAGGAGCUGACGACUUUUAUGUCGCAUUCUGCCAUGCAGUCGAGAGAGUCGGUCUUCAAGACAGUUGGUAG